CUGAUGGGUUUUAGUCUCAUUCCCAGGGACUUGCUGAGUUUCCAGAUCUCUCCGCUGUGUGUUUGUAAGCUGUUGUCAUAUGAUCUGCUGUAUCAGGAUUACUCCAUUAUCUCCUCUGUAAGCUCAUCUUCAUGAACACAAGAGCAGGUGUGUGAGACUGUCCCUUCAGAAACCAUGACCUACCGUCAGUGUUGAGAAAGAGAAGUGUCGGGUUCAGUAAGGUAGAGGUGUUCAGCUGUUAAAGUGGCGAAAGACAUGAGAACUGAACAUGGACUCUGUCUGAAGUGCUUGAAGGAAACUCUGGCUUUCUAUUGGACUCAAUGCUGCUGAUUUGACAGACGCGUGAUGCUGUGCUUUCUGCUCCUGACGCUCCACUGGAUGACCGUCACUGUAGCGCUACAGUCGACCAGGGAAGAUGACAAAAGGCCGUAUAUUUACCGCUGCCGCUCGCCCAACAUGGAGAUCUUCACCUGCUGGUGGCGUCCGAUCGCUAAUCAGGACAACGUCACCUACACGCUCCUGUACACCACGGGUGAGCGCACUCCUCGGGAAUGUCCUGAUUACGUGAGCGGCGGCAUCAACAGCUGCUUCUUCGAUGCCAAACACACUCAGGUCUGGGAGAUAUACUGCAUGAACGUGACGGCACACACGCACACGGGGCCCAUCACCUCUCAGAAACACUGCGUGGACGUGGUCGAUAUAGUGGAGACCGACCCACCCUCUAACCUGACGUACGUCAUGCUGAACGAGAGCAUCGGUGAAGUCGGCCGCAGUGUUUUAGUGUCCUGGUUGCAUCCGGUGAAGUCUCUAGUGCAUGAGGAACAGAUCAUACUGGUCUACGAGCUGCGCUACAGAAACCUCGCUCAGCCAGACAACUGGAGGGUAAUGGAGCGUUUGCGCGAGCCUCAUGUGGAGUUUUUGGAUCUGCCGGUGGGAAGGUAUGAGUUCAGUGUGCGCUGCCGCUCCACCAGCAACAAACACUGGAGUGUAUGGAGUGAGUCCAUCUUCAUCACCAUCAGCGGCAGUGCUCUGUCCGAUCGGAUGUUGGCCUUGAUCCUUGUGACCGGUAUCGCCAUCAUGGUCUUCCUCUUCAUCAGUUUGGGGAACAUCCCACGAGGCAAGAGGUCAGUGACGUCAUGAAGCUCGUAGCUCUGAUCUCACAGAUGGAUCUGUAGAUCUGCGUCAUUAGCUCACAUGAGAACAUGGAUCUAGAGGCUCGCUCAGAUGUUUAGUUCAGGCACCGAGAGUCACAAAUCUGCAGACGGCUGCAGAAAAGUGAUUAAUAUACAUACUAAUAUACAUUAAUAUACAUCUAAAAAAAAGGAAACAUGCAAAAAGGGUUCUGUAAGGGGUAGAGAAUAAAAAUACUGAAAA